AUGAGUGUGUUUUGUCAAAUACAACUUAAUAAGCCACCAGAAGACACAUUCUGUGGUGGAGAAGUGAUAUCUGGAAUAAUUAAAUACUCACUCGAUGAACCAAUGGAAAUAGAAAGGAUAAUUGUCUCCCUAAAAGGUAUGGGCGAUUUAACUCUAAUUAAAAAAUACAAUAAAAAAGUUAAUUCAUAUACAGCUGAAGAAGUGUAUAUUGAUGCUAAUGAAAUUGUUCAAGAAAAUAAUUCAACAAAGCCUGCUGGUAAUUAUGACAUCCCAUUCAGGUUUAAAUUACCAGAGAAAAUUCCACCGUCAUUAAAGUAUGAGAAGAUACAUGGACCAUACUGUGUAAUUUGCAACAUAAAAUAUUACAUUAGAAUAAAAUUUGAUAAACCAGGAUGCUUAGACCAGUCCAAACAUUUUCGUAAGAAAAUCACAGUAAUUUCACCUAUAACUCCCAAAUUGUCCACUGAACCGGUGAUGUAUGGAGAAAAGAGAAAGUUGCCGCCAUUGUUUCCAAAUAAAAUUAGUACAGUUGCAAUAAAAGCAAAUAUCCUUAACUCAGUAGUCCUUAAAGGCGGCAAAAUAGAUAUUGAGUCAGAAAUUGAAAAUGAUUCUUAUGUUAAAGUAAAAGGAGUUGAAGUUAAAUUGAUGGAGGUCUACACACUUAAGCCUGUAGGACAUGGAGAUAUAAAGUUUUACGAUAAUGUGAUGAAUUGUGAGAGCAGAACUUCGUCUAUUAAAAGUGGAGCGACUAAAAUCAUACCUUUAGAUCUGAUUGUUCCAACAGAUACAUUAUCUUUGCAGAACUCUAAGAUAGUAUCGAGAGAUUACGUGGUUACCAUAACAGCUCAGCUUCCGAUUCCUCUUAAAAAUGUCGUCUUAGAAAUACCAGUGCAGAUAGGAGAUCAUAUGCCAGUGGAACGUCCGGAGGUGACUGAAAAUCCACCAGCGUAUUUUGAGGCGAUGGGUGAAAAAGAAAGCAAAGUUGAAGGUGGUAAUGACUAA